UUUACUGUUGGUACAUCAGAUUAUUGCUGUUUGAUUGCCUACGCGUACACAUAUUUCAUUACGCUCUGCACCGUAGUACGUACCGUAUCAUCUAGUUUUAUUUUAUGUUCUAAAGUGUUAUUCCCGAUUUAGUUUCGUUAUACACAAAUUUUAUUUCCAACAAUGUCAGCCAUAACAAAAGGUGUCUUCAUUGUCGGAGCCAAGCGUACUGCUUUUGGUACGUUCGGAGGGGCGUUCAAAAAUACAAAUGCCACCCAGCUGCAAACUGUCGCUGCGAAGGCUGCCCUGUCCGCCGCGGGAUUGAAACCAGAUCAGGUCGAUUCGGUUAACAUUGGUCAGGUGUUGGUAUUAUCGUCUUCAGAUGGUGCCUUCCUACCGCGGCAUGUGUCACUACAUUGUGGCAUUCCGAUUGAAAAACCUGCCCUCGGUGUAAACCGUUUGUGUGGAUCCGGUUUCCAGUCAAUCGUAAACGGUGCCCAAGAUAUAAUACUGGGGGCUGCCAAAGUAUCUCUUACCGGUGGAGUUGACAACAUGAGUCAAACUCCGUACACUGUAAGAGGGACUCGAUUCGGAAUUCCUUUGGGAACGAAUCCCGCCUUAGAGGAUGCUCUAUGGGUCGGAUUAAGUGAUUCUUUCUGCAAACUACCGAUGGCACUGACGGCCGAAAACCUGGCCGAAAAGUUCAAAAUCCCACGUGAAAAGGUUGACGAGUUUGCGUUGCGGUCACAGCAGUUGUGGAAGAAAGCUAAUGACGAAGGGGUCUUUAAAACAGAAAUCACUCCCACUAAGCUAAAAGUAAAGGGCAAGGAAGUGGACUUUGCCGUUGAUGAACAUCCUCGACCGCAGACAACUCUGGAAGGACUGAACAAGCUUCCUGCUUUGUUCAAGAAGGGAGGUGCUGUUACGGCCGGAACAGCUUCGGGUAUUUGUGAUGGUGCAGCUGCCGUUGUACUUGCCUCGGAAGAAGCUGUUAAACAAUACAAUCUGACACCUUUAGCUCGACUGGUUGCAUAUAGUACUGUCGGAGUACCUCCAGAAAUCAUGGGAAUUGGACCAGUACCAGCGAUUCAGAAUGUACUGAAAGUUGCUGGACUUAAGAUAGAUGAUAUUGACUUGUUCGAAAUUAACGAGGCGUUUGGUGCUCAGGUAAUGGCAUGUGUACAGGAGCUUGGAAUCGAUAUGAACAAAUUUAACCUGAACGGAGGUGCCAUCGCUCUUGGCCAUCCACUUGGAGCGUCUGGUUCGCGUAUCACCGGACACCUGGUGCAUGAACUGAAACGCAAGGGUCUGAAACGAGCAGUCGGCUCUGCCUGCAUCGGGGGAGGACAAGGCAUUGCUUUGUUGGUGGAGUCUGUUUAGUUUUGUGUGCUUUUAUAAUUUUUAUACAUUAAGAUGUUGGUAUUGUGCAUUUUGUAACAUUUUGCUUGUUGAUUAAUCACUCAUUUUAUAGAGUAAAUAAAAAUAUGAUUAAAAUAUUGUAA